AUGAAAAGUGCUAGACAGUUUUCUUGUGAUGGAUUACCAGCUGGAUGUGCAUCAAAAUCGUAUAUAAGCUCCUCCGGAAUCAAAACUGUUACUGAUUCUUCAUCUUCUAGCAGCCUGAACAGCAAGAUCACAGACGGGUCUUCUGAGAAUAUAUUCUAUGGUCCUGCAUAUUGCACAACACUUCAUUGGUGGUGGAGGUCCAAGUUCCAGCGGUUGGAAGAUUUUAUUUAUACUCACCACUGGAAGAUACUCAGUUGUGUCGUGGUGCUCGGACUAUUUUGCUUUGGUUUGAAGGCUGUUACGGUAGAAACAGAUUUUGAUAAAUUAUGGAUAGAAGAGAGUGAUCGUCUUACUUCUGAGUGGAAAUACUUAACCAAAGUACUUCAAAAUAUCCAUGUUGAAUCGUUGUAUGGUGAUUCGUAUUAUUUUUCACGGGAUUCAAAAUUAUCCAGAAUGGUAUUUCAAUCACAAAGAGAAGAAAUGGAAGAGAAAGGUGACAUGCUCUCCGUUCCAUCUAUGCUGUCCAAAUCAAAAAGUGAAAUCGAUUCAUCUUUAAUUAGCCGUGAAUUUAUGGGCAGUAUGGAAACUGUGCUGCAGACUACAAUUUCAGAUGUUAAUAGUCAAUCAUUUUCUGAACGGAUUAACUCGAAUGACAUUUUUACUAACAAAAACAGUAAUAGUAAUAAUACUACAGAAGAUGAUAAUUAUGCUAAUAUUUUAACUCCUCAAGCGUUGUUGGAUCAUAUGGAGUUUUUAAUCAAAGUGAGACGAUUGACAAUAACAGUUGGAUCGUCCAAAUGGUCUUUCAAAGACUUAUGUCAACGGGCUACCUUACCUUUUGGUGUCGAAAUGCACCAUUUACAGGCUUAUCUGGAUAUGAUUAUUCCAUGCAUCAUAAUAACACCGUUGGAUUGUUUUUGGGAAGGUGCUAAAGUCCUUGGACCUGAAGAAGCAAUGUGGGUGCCUUGGUUCGAUGAACGUACUCUACUUCAAUGGACAAAUAUUGACCCUGUUGGAUUACUUCAAGAUCUUUCAAAACGUUAUGGAAAUUAUUCACAAACUGAAAUUAAAAAUCUAAUUAAUUUAUUUCAUGAAGCAGGCAUAGAUCAUGGUUAUUUAAAUCGUUCUUGUUUGGAUCCAUCAGAUCCUGCCUGCCCAACUUCUGCUCCUAAUUACAAAGGGGAGCCUCCAGAUAUAUCUAAGAUACUCAGUGGUGGUUGUUCUGGAUUUGCCUCCAAAAUGCUUCAUUGGCCAGAGGAGAUAAUUGUAGGUGGUCGGGUUCACUCUAUUGAUAGUUUGAACAUAUCUUCCAGUGCAGACACACAACAAGUGUCAGCAGUUACAAAUAAAAAUAAUACCAAAGAUUUGUACGAUGCAGUUAGAAGAAGUGAUCCUUACAAACAUGAAGACUGGACAUUAGACGAUGCUAGGCAUGUUUUACGCGAGUGGAGACGUAAUUUAAAACGUCUGGUGAUUGAACACAACAGUGGUUUACAGUCGCAUAUUGAAUGGAAAUUCUUUGCAUUUACUAACGCUUCAUUGCUCGAUCUCUUGCAAGAGAUUACACUUCGUCUAGGGCCUAUCACAUUGGUUGGCUGCAUAUUAAUGGUGUUUCUUUAUGGUGUUGUCAGUCUUCUUGGUUGGCGAGAUCCUGUUCGCUCUCAGUGUUGGUUGGCUAUAUGUGGAUUAAUGAUCAUAGCAUUAUCAUCCAUAGCUGGGUUAGGGAUUUGUGCAGCUUUUGGAAUACCGUUCAAUGUAUUAACUAUUCAGGUGUUGCCUUUUUUACUUCUUGGUUUGGGCGUCGAUGGCAUAUUUGUUUUGACCACUUGUCAUGAAUGUUGCAUUGCUCGUCGUAUUGUCCCAUCAACUAGUCCAUCUUCUUCAGAUUCAGCUAUUUGGUCUUCAACAGUAUCUUUGUCUUCUUGGUCAUCGAAGUCAUCUGCUCCCCCUGUUCAUGUAUUAGCUGUACAUGGUCCCACUCUUAUUUUCGGUGCAAUUUCUAUUUCUAGUGCUUUUUUCUCUGCUGCAUUUAUCCCUGUCCCAUUAAUACGUCAGUUCUGUUUACAGGCUGGUAUUCUUACUCUUGUACAGUCGAUCAGUGUAUUUAUUCUAUUCCCGGCUUUAUUACAACUUGACGCCACUCGUCGUAGUCAAAAGCGUUUAGAUGUCCUGUGUUGUCUACGUCAACCAGAUGUGGAGACAGCGAUAACGACAAAUUCUCACAGGUCGGCUACAACUUGUCAUUGUGAAUCACGUCAUUUGAGAACAUUGAAUCAUCAUUCAAGUAAUAAAAAUCCGCCUGCUUGUUGUCAUCGUCAUCACCAUCAUCAUUAUCAUCAUCAUCACCGUCAUUGUCGGCAUUGUCAUUGUACAAAUCCCAAAAAAUUAACAACUAACCGUGAUAUUUCGAUUAAUUUAGCAGAGACAUAUAUUAGUUCUAAGUUUCCACAUCCAACAAUACAAGUAAAUGUGGUCAAUCAUCUGCCUGGACCAAAGCGUUCAUCAUCCAAUUCACAUUUUGAUAGUGAUGUUACUGAAGCAGUUGUUAAAACGAUUGCUAACCCUGAUGUUCAUACGGUACAGACAACAGUUACUGUAACUGGAAAUCAAGAUAAAAAAAUUUAUCCAUCCAGCUCUUCUGUUGGUGCUGAAAAACUGACAGUUCCUGAGUGUGAAAAUGAUUGUGUUGCCUAUAAAAACGACACACCAGUGUCAAUUCAAAGGAAUCAACAGAAGAAUGUGAAUAAAUCUGAACCAGGCGUAGACUCAACAAAAAUCUUCCCUUCUCCACUAUUUGUACGAUUUGCUAGACAUUUCGCGCUUCUGAUCACUAGUCAUUGGGUUGUACAAUUAUGUGUAUGUUUACUGGGUUGUGGUUUAUUUAGUGCAGCUGUGCUUUGUGCCACCUUUCGAUUACGCUUAGGUUUGGAUUGGUCAAGUUUAACACCUUCAGAUACUGUUGAAUACGGAUUUAUCAAAACAGCUGGAAAAGCUUUUGGUCUAAGUAAUUUUCACAUAAUUGCACGAGGUUCAGAUCUUCCUGGAUCUAGGCCAGUGUCAAGUCAGCCGGUGUUUCAAUAUACUGCUCCGUCAACUCUUAGCGGAACAUCUGCUAGAUCUCGUGUAAGCAUGGCUACUGUUGGUCGCGGAAUAGACUUUCCUAUGCAACAACGUCGUCUUCGUUGGAUGUAUGACUGUUUGACCGAUAUUUCAGGUGUUAUGUUAUCAGGACGUGAUGUUUGGUUGAAUGCAAUGCGUAAUUGGUUAGAGGAGGUGCAAACUGCAUUCGACAUAGACCGAGAAAAAGGCUACAUUAUGGAUAGUGGACACUGGAAUGCUAAUGCAAGCGAACUUGGUGUUCUUGGUCUACGUUUAAUUGUUCAAACUGAUCGGGGACCUGAAUUAAGUAGGAUUAACACUGGUCGAAUAGUUCAUGGCGGUAUAAUCGAUCCACCAGCUUUUUAUACACUUUUGCGUGUAUGGCGAUCCAAAGAUGCUUUGAACUUCUCAUCGCUGCCUUGUGUAAUUUAUCCAGAACCUAGUAUAGUGCAUGUAGGUCGUCUUACUGGUCCUGGACGUCCUUCAGACCUACAUGCAUUACCUCCAGCUGAACCAAUUGAAUUUGUUCAAACAAGCUUUUAUGCAGUAGGUGUCAGCGAAAUGGAUUCACAGCUGGAUUUAGUUCAGCGAGUUCGACAUAUUACCGAAACUGCAACAGUUCAAGGUGUUCCAGUCUUUCCUACAGGUGUACCAUUUACUUUUGUUGAACACUACAUGUUCAUAGUUCGAGAAACAGCAGUUGCUUUUGGCAUAUUUUGUGCUGUGAUCACUGUCAGUGCAUUGAUUUUAUUUUCUUCACCUGUUACUGCCUUACUUUUAGUUGGUAUUGGUGCUGUUGGCGGUGCUUGUUCUGCUAUUUUAGGUUUGAUUGUUUUAAAUUUAGCCUUAAAUCCUAUUUCUGCUUGUUUAUUACUAUUGUCUGGUGGUUUGGGGGCUAGAAUUUCAGCAAAUUUUCUUGGAUUAUGGCCUGUUUCUCAUUUAAGCUUGGAUUCAUUUUCAAGUCGACCAACUCGUAAAACCUGCCUUUGUCAAUCGAAUUUGUCGUAUGGAGGAUGUCCUUCUCAUUCAACUCAGUUCUGUGCACGUAAUGAAAGACUGAAAAUUGAUCCUAAACAGAUUAUAUUGUCGAAGUCAUCUUCAUUAGUGCACGAAGACCGCAUUAACCUCGCUAAACGUCGUCAACUUGCUCGAGCUCAAAUUGUGUGUAUAUUAAGUAAUCAUUUUACUCCGGCCUUCCAUGCUUCCGUUGGACUGUUACUAGCAUUAUCUUUACUUGUUGCAGCUCGUGUACAGUUUAUCGCUGAUUACUUUUUUCGUCUCAUCGUGAUUGUCAGCCUAAUUUGCUUAUUCAAUGCUGUGUGCUUACUGCCGACUAUAUGCUACCUUAUUGGUCCGCUUUAUAAUCGUUUCAUAAUUGGCGGACGGCGUGUAUCGAGUAAUUCAAUUCCGUACAAAUCUUCAGUGAAAACAGAUAAUUUUUCGGCUGGAGAUAAACGUAUUCAUCGAUAUCUGAAGUCUGCUUCUACUAGAGCGAAUGUGAACAAUGAAGACCAUCAGGUGAAUAUGAUGAAUGAUUUACAAUUAUCCUUUUCAAGUUCAUCUUCUAAUAUGUCGCCAAAUUUGUCAUCGCCUAGUUCAUCACGUUCAUCCAGUUCCUUUAGUCAGUCAGAUUUGAAUCCUACUGAUGAAUCACAUCAGAAUGCUAAAUCACCUGGUAAAACAGAACCAUUCUGUAAAGAUUCUGCCUAUUCAAUUUUGAGAGAGUCGACCAAAGAUAUUGUUCAUCACAGUCUAAAAUAUCCCAGUCAUCACUCUAUAUGGAUGGAUUCUACGCCUGAUCACGCCUGUUCAUCAGAUGCCGCUGCGACUGCAGCCGCGGCUGCAGUUGUUGUCGCCGCCGCAGCCGCUGCGUCAGUUCGAUCCAGACCACCUAGUCUAAGUACUAUUUCAGAAGAACCUUCUCAUUCGAAUUCAACUGUGAGUUUAAAUCAUGCUACACCGUCUAAUACAGGACAUGGUUCAACAAGUAGCGGUAGUGGUAGUCGUAUCAGCUGUAAUAAUAUGGAAAGUACAAAUAUGCCAUCAGAUCCAUCAUCACCUAAAUCUGUUAAUUCAGUGAAACCUGAUUUUUCACAUCAAAAUCUACCACUUAGUCUUGUAUCUUCAGUUGAUUUUAUAAGAAUGAGUAAACUUUUGAAUCCAAAUAUGUCAGCUAAUGAGAUCUGUGAAAGUUUAUAUAGCUCUAUUAUAUCUCCUAUUUCGUGUAAUAGUCGUACACCAGUAAAAAGUUAUCGAGCUAGCAAAAGCAAAGAACUCAUCUUAAAUCCAGAAAUAGCGUGUACAUUGUUGGCUGCAGUAACAGCAACGAGUCGCCAAGCAGCAGCAUACAAACAAGCUGGAGAAGUUGGUUUUGAAGGUCCUGUUGAAAACAUCCCACCACCACCUUAUUCUAGUGUGAUCAAUCAACCACAAUCUAGUAUCCCUGAUAAAUGUUCAGCAAAUAUGCCGCCUAAAUCUCAUAGACAAGGUGAAUCUAUGCAAUCAAAUACACUAACUAAUUUACCAGAUAAUGAAAUUCCAAUGAAAUCACGUAUAAGUAACUAUUAUAGUGCUAGUCGACAAAAUACACAGUCACCUGCUCCUAGUAAUAUUUACCGGUCAAAUUCUUAUUCUACCUCAUCAUCAUUAUCACAAGUCUCUAAAUCUGAUCAUCAGUUCAAAAAGAAGACUAUACCAACAGUAUUUUCAUCUUAUUCCAGUCCAAUGUAUCAGAGUUCCCCGGAGAAUUCAAGCUCAGUCUCGAAAACUGCACACUUACCUCGUGCCGGUUCAGUCUCCUCGACUAAAACUAUGAAAGUAAACAUUCAACAGCCUCAACAAUAUAGACAUUGUUCUCCAGACACCAAAAAUACUCCUUGUACUCUGGGAUCUUCUGGUGGUGAUGACCGUAACUUGAGUAAUAGCAAUAGUAAUAAAGAUAAUAGCAAUUGGAUUCGUCGGCAUCAAAGUUCUAGUCAUAGCUUCUCGUCAUCCACACAUCCAAACAGUCAAAUGAAAAAGUGA